AUGGUACAAUACGCGAACUUCCUCUUUCCUCUCUACGUUUAUCCUAUCAACAAUUCUUGGGAACCGUUGACCUCGGCAGCGGCGCAGUAUCCCGACGUCACAUUCACGGCGGUCAUCAACCCUUCGACUGGGCCCGACUCAGAUGCGAACGGGUGCCCGAAUAAGGACUAUGUCGAGGCUAUCGCGUCAUUGAACGAAAUACCCAACAUCCAGACAAUGGGUUACGUACACACUGCAAACAGGUGGGACUGCGGUAUGUCCGACACAGAUAUCUGUUUCUGCACUGCACCAGCAGCGGAUGUCAAGGCGAACAUCACAACGUACGCCAACUGGGCUACCAAGGGGUGCGCCGGAUGGAGCACGAUCAAUCCAGAUAUUCACAUCGACAGCAUCUUCAUCGAUGAAGCACCAGGCGAGGAUGGAGGCAAUUGCCUCAGCUACAUGACUGAUCUGACGGCCCACGCCAAGACGGCAUUGACGACCGCCACGGGUGGCGAGGUCUUGUUCAAUGCGGGCGCAGCCACCGAACUAUCCUACUUCGAUGUUGCGGACGCCGUUAUCCUGUUCGAGGCCGACCAGACCGCUUACGAGAAUAUUCCGGACAUUGGCAUCAGGAACGGUAACGGGAAGUAUGCAUCAAAGUCUUCGAUCAUUAUCCAUGGGGCCAGCAACGCUACCAACAUCAUUCAGAGGGACACCAGUACCAUUUUGGGACUUGACAGGGAUGCGUUUCACAGCCUGUUCUAUACAGACCGUUCAACCGACCAGUAUGCAUACUUCCCUUAUAACUGGGCUGAGAUCAUCAAGGAGGUCAAUGUGGUUGCGCAAGCUAACAAAGCUAUCCUGGGAGCAUAA